GAGAAAAAGAAAGAGAGCUAUAUCCAUUGACCCUUCAACAAAAUUCUCACCCAUGCUUGCAUAAAUAGUGCUUCUUCUCAUAGAAUCUCCUCACACAAAAUAGUUUGAACAAGUAUCUCACUUAUACUCUCACACAAAUUAGUGAAACAGAGAGAUGGAUGAGAUAUCAAAUGGUAACGGAGUGGUUAUGCACAUAAAAGACGGCGAUUUCAAUCAAGAUUCCGAUGCUGCCGUGGCUACGGGAUGCUGCUCUCUCACGGUCCCCUUUAUACAAAAGAUAAUAGCGGAGACGCUGGGGACAUAUUUCUUGAUAUUCGCCGGUUGUGGCGCUGUGGCGGUUAACGCCGACAAAGAGAAGGUGGUGACGCUCCCCGGUAUAGCCAUAGUGUGGGGGCUGGUGGUGAUGGUCAUGGUUUACUCUGUUGGCCACAUCUCCGGCGGCCACUUCAACCCCGCCGUCACCAUUGCCUUCGCCUCCUGCAGGAGAUUCUCUUGGAAACAGGUACCUGCCUAUGUAGCCGCUCAAAUGGUUGGAGCAACCCUGGGCGCCGGGACCCUAAGACUAUUAUUCAGCGGGCCGCAUGAUCACUUCACCGGGACCCUACCUACUGGCACCCACGCACAGUCGUUGGUUGUAGAAUUUAUAAUCACAUUCUACCUCAUGUUUGUCAUUUCCGGCGUCGCCACAGACAAUAGAGCUAUUGGUGAACUUGCUGGCUUGGCUAUUGGAUCAGUUAUAUUGCUGAAUGUGAUGGUUGCUGGGCCGAUAUCGGGAGCGUCUAUGAAUCCAGCAAGGAGUUUAGGGCCAUCGAUAGUGUCGAACAAUUUCAGAGGCAUAUGGAUCUAUUUGGUUGGGCCAAUAGGUGGUGCAAUUGCUGGAGCAUGGGUCUACAACCUUGUUAGAUUUACUAAUAAACCUCUUCGUGAAAUAACUAAAAGUGCUUCCUUUUUGAAGAGUUCAACUCGGAACAAUUCAAACUAAACUAUUAUCCCCUCCCCCACUCUUUAUUGUAAUGCAUACAUCGUUGUUGUGAUGAAAUAAGACAGAGGUUGAUUGGUCUGAA